CCAUACUUUAGUAGUAGUGACUAGACGACGUCAUUACUUUUUCCCCUCUCUUGGCUGUACCACCACUUCUGAUUCUCAAUAAUUAUUACUACUUACCAGCAGAUGAUUUCCCCCCUCACAACUACAUAAAUCAAUCACCUCCACCGGAGCAUCCAACAUCACACACCCUCACCAACCAUACAACCCCAAAGAAAUCAACCCAAAAUGAAACUAACGCUCUUCUCCACCAAAUCCUACGACACCCACUACUUCACCACCACCCUCCACACCCUCCAAACCUCAUCACCCGACCUGCAAUCCCUGACCCUGACCACCCACCCCUUCCCCCUCACCCUCUCCACCGUGCCCCUCGCCCACGCCAGCACCGCCAUCUGCGUCUUCGUGAACGACACCCUCGACGCCCCUGUCCUGCACGCCCUCUGGGCCGCCGGCGUGCGCGCCAUCCUCCUGCGCUGCGCCGGCUUCAACAACAUCGACUUGCCCACCGCCGAGAAUCUGGGCUUCUUCGUCGCCAACGUGCCCUCGUAUUCGCCCGAGGCGGUGGCCGAGUUCGCCGUCGCAUUGCUGCAGACCCUGAACCGCAAGACGCACCGGGCGUACAACCGCGUGCGCGAGGGGAAUUUUAAUCUGGAGGGGUUCCUGGGGAUGACCCUCUACCAGAAACGGGUGGGGGUGGUGGGGUUGGGCCGGAUUGGGAUGGCGUUUGCGCGGAUUAUGCGGGGGUUUGGGUGUGAGGUGGUGGGGUUUGAUCCGGUGCGAGAGCAAGGGUUUGCGAAGUUGACUCAUGACGCAGAGGGUGGGGGGGACCAGGCGCAAGAUGAAUUCACAACCCAGCUCAACGGCCGCUACCUCCCUACCGUCGAGGAACUGCUGGCGCAGUCCGAUAUCGUCAGUCUGCACUGUCCCCUGACCGAGUCGACGAAACAUAUCAUCAACACACAAUCCCUCCAGGUGCUGAAGCGCGGGGCGAUCCUGGUGAAUACCUCGCGGGGCGGCUUGAUUCACACGCGCGACGCGAUCGGGGCGUUGAAGGACGGGCGAUUGGGCGGGUUGGCGCUGGAUGUGUACGAGCAGGAGGGGGAUUUGUUCUACAAUGACCACUCCGCGGAGAUCAUUCACGAUGAUGCGCUGAUGCGGUUGAUGACGUUUCCCAAUGUGCUGGUGGCGGGCCAUCAGGCGUUCUUCACGCAGGAGGCGCUGGGGGAGAUCGCGCAGGUAACCUUGUCGAAUUUGGCGGAUUUUCUGGGCAAGAGACCGUGUCAGAAUUCGUUGGUGAGGGAAGGGCAUUUGUUUGUGGAGGAGGAUAAGCAGCCUGUGCGGUUGUAGUGUGUCUGAUGUGGAGGUUGCAAAUUGACAAAGUAUAUGUCUCGAGUGAGCUGGAAUAUCAGUAUACAAGAAAAAUUCUCAAAUCUCG